CUUUCACUGUGCUAACGAGCUGCUAGCCCUGGGACAACCUGUGUGUCGAGCGUGGCAGCCUUAGGUGCACAGUGUUUCUCUCCUUUUACGUGUCGGUCUGUCAGCUAAGUUGCACCAUGUUUGCCGUAAGAAACGCUCUGCGCCUCAGCACCAGGUUAUCCAUCCCCACGGUGGCGAAGAGAGGAUGCGCCGGGGCUGCCAUUCCUGUGGACGAUGUGGUGAACGGACUCACCGACGAGCAGAUACAGCUCAGGCAGACAGUCCGGAAAUUCUUUGCAGAAAAGCUUGCACCAUAUGCUGACGAGAUCGACAAGAAGAAUGAAUUUUCAGGCAUGCGGGAUUUUUGGAAAGAAAUGGGGGAGAUGGGACUUCUUGGGAUCACUGCUCCAGUGGAAUAUGGCGGCACAGGAUUGGGCUACCUUGAUCAUGUUAUUGUGAUGGAGGAAAUGUCAAGAGUGUCAGCAGCCAUCGCUCUCAGUUACGGCGCCCACUCUAACCUCUGUGUCAACCAGAUGGUACGCCAUGCCAAUGAGAAACAGAAGGAGAAGUACAUGCCAAAGUUAAUGACAGGAGAACAUGUAGGAGCCCUGGCUAUGAGUGAGCCCAAUUCUGGCUCUGAUGUCGUAUCCAUGAAACUCAGAGCAAAGAAGCAAGGUGACUACUAUAUUUUGAAUGGCAACAAGUUCUGGAUCACAAAUGGACCAGAUGCAGAUGUCCUCAUUGUUUAUGCAAAGACAGAUCCUGAGGCCUAUCAAAGAGGCAUCACAGCUUUCAUUGUUGAAAAGGGAAUGCCAGGUUUCUCUACAGCACAGAAGCUCGACAAGCUUGGCAUGAGAGGAUCCAACACCUGUGAGCUGAUCUUUGAAGACUGCAAAAUCCCAGAGAAGAAUAUCCUGGGUCCGUUAAACAAAGGUGUUUAUGUGAUGAUGAGUGGCUUAGAUCUGGAGAGGCUGGUGCUGGCAUCAGGACCUAUUGGCAUCAUGCAGUCAGUUCUGGACUUUGCUAUCCCCUACCUACACGUCAGAGAAGCUUUCGGACAAAAGAUCGGACAAUUUCAGCUGAUGCAAGGCAAGAUGGCCGACAUGUACACCAGGCUGAGCUCCUGUCGCCAGUAUGUGUAUAAUGUUGCCCGGGCUUGUGACAAAGGCCACUUCAGCGCCAUGGACUGUGCUGGAGUGAUCCUGUAUUGUGCUGAGAAUGCCACUCAGGUUGCGUUGGAUGGCAUUCAGUGUUUGGGUGGAAAUGGCUACAUCAACGACUACCCCAUGGGGCGAUUCUUACGUGAUGCGAAGCUGUAUGAAAUCGGCGCAGGCACAAGUGAAAUCCGCCGGCUCAUUAUUGGACGAGCCUUCAACUCCAUGUUCAAAUAAUCAGAACUGAGAAAUGGGAAUCGCUCAAGACUGUACGAGUGGUUUGCUGUGGACGAACAGUUACUCACCCCAGAGCCUUAGACUGUAUGAGCAGCUGGUGUUGCUAGGAUGUCAUUGGAUUAUCACUUGUGUCAGAAUCAGUCACAUUUCAACACGCAUAUGUAACAUAUAUGAAAUCCUUCACAGUGGCUGGUGAUCUUACAAGCUGACACUUGAAACUGAUGAAAUGUUGAUUAUAAGGUUAAGUGUCCUUGAUAUCAUUUUGUUAUAUAAUAUUAGCUUGAGUUACAGUGACUUGAUAACCACUGAAAUGCCAAUAAAGCAAUAAAAUGAAAGUGUUGAACCUUAUAAAUGGGCAGUAUCACAGAUUUUCCUAUCAAGUGAUAAAAUGAAAUUCACCUCUGAAAAUGUUUAAUGCAGUUGUGUAGUUGUUUUUUUUUUAUUUCAUCACUGUAUUAUAAUUUACGUAGGCCCCUUUGAUGUGAUGAAUCAAAUGAGAAAUAUGAUGAACUGAUUUUUGUGCUGUCAACACUCAAACCAGAGCUCCAAGAGUUUGGUAUCAAUACUGUGAUGACUGGUGGUUAGUUUCUCUUUCAACAAACCAUUUUGGCCUUUCAGGGCUUUUGAGAAUGAAUUCUAAAUACUGAACCAUUACUUUACAAGAUAAGAUGUAUUUAAACCUGAUGACUGGGCAGAUAAGGGUCCCAGUGCUCUGGGACACUUUGCUUGGAUAAAACCUGAGCAGUGAAUAUCACUACUGUUGAUCUUGGAGGUUUUUUUUGGAUAUAGCUUCCCACUCAUGAUCUCAAUGCAAACUGAUUAUUGUCUCUGAUCAAUAAGGAAAAACAGGUCAUGUCUGAGUAAUCUGUUGUAGAGAAUUAGCAUUAGGAAACAGUUUGUUCAUUUUCAAGAGCAAAUAUAUUCCUCUAUUGUGUUCUGUCCAUAGUCCGACUGGGCAGCCCUCCUAGAAAUUUGUCUUUUCUCCAGACUGUUACUGUCAGAAUGUAGAUGUACAGUGUGAAAAUGUGUGAAAUAAAGUAGUUCUGCUUGA